CAAUUAAACCGGCUGCACGGUGAUACGCACAUCCCAGAAAUCAGCUCUGUUUUCAAACAACCGGCAGCAGGACCAGUCGUUUAAAAUUAUCGGACCGUCAGCUUGCGCUGACAUUUUUUCCUCGAUAAUUAAAAUUUUCGUUGUUUAUAAGUAAUAAUUGUAUUAACGCUUAAAAUUUUGGCACCAAAGAUAAAGAACAAAAAAAAAUACCGUCACGUCGGUUGUGUGAUGUACAGUAAACGUCAAAAAUGGACGGAAAUGAGAUCAGUGUCAUGUGCAAUUGUGGAUAUUUAAAAAGUUUUAGUUAAAUAUUUAUUAAUCACUAAAAAAUUAUUUUUUUAAAACCAACUGUAAACUUAAACCAGAUAAAAUAAUCUGAUUAUUUUUCUAAGCACCUUUCUCCCUCCCUCACAUACUUUUUGUUAUAAUUUUCAUUUUUUUUAUUUUUAAUAUUAAUAUUCAUAUCAUUUUUUUUAAGUAUUUAAAUGAGCGAUGAAUAAUAAUUAAAUGAAGUAAUAAAAAGCAAUAUUAAUGUCUCCUUUAAAGUGAAUCGCGAAUUUAUGAUACAAAAAUAAAUUUAUUACAUUUAUUGAUUUAUGAUAAAUCAACACGCGAGCGUUUUUCAUUGAUCUAAAAAGUUAAAAUUAAUUGAAAUAAGUCAUUUUAAAAUUAACUGUGAACAUGUCAACAACUUAUGAAUACUUGAGUACGCGUGUCAUUCGUUCGUACGAAUGUUCAUUUGAAUUAUAGAUGAGAGAUGAUUCUCUAGAGAAAUAUAGAUAUAUUCUUGGCUGGCAAGGUAACAUUUGUUGAGUUGAUAAUUUAGCACAGUAUAUCCUCAGAGUCAUAUAAAUGUGAUGUUAAAUUAUUGAAUUACUAAAAAAAAUUGGAAUUUUUUAUUGAAAUUGGCAUGUGAGUACAACGCACGAUUUGGUGUUCAAUAAGGUCAAUUGGAAGUAAUUUUACAUGUCUAUAUAAAAACUUUAAAAUAUGGGACGAAAGUUUAAAUCACGUUCGAUACCAGAACAAGACCGACGAAUUUGUGGUGGUAUUUGUUUUUGCCAGUUUACUAUUGUCAUUAGUUGUGUUUCUUUGGUUUAUCUUACUGUUGCUAUAUACAUGCCGUCCCACAGGGCAUUUAACGCAGGUAUCGAUCCUGAACCCGUAAUGUGCCAAACAGUUAAUGCUACACUAGUAAAUUAUUGUGCUUGGGCAAGUUGUGGAGAAUGGUGUUUGACCAAAACGACGGGAUUUUGUCCGCAAAUUCAUGCUACUGUGAGACGCAAUGGCACUGAUUUAAUCCUAGAAAACUGUACUAAGUUUGCUACCGUUUCAUGUCCACAAGUAAAUCUUCUGAAAUUGAAAAGAUACAAUUGCAACAAUGGGAGCGAGUGCGGAUCUCUAACAGGCGUAUUCAAUUGCAGUCUAGGCCAUUGUGCCAAUAUGAGCGAGCUGGUGUUGUGUCACCACAAAGCCGACGGGAUUAUUGUUGACAGCGAGAAAGAUAACAUGAAACUAAACGGGUUUUUCGACUGUCAAAACUCUAGAUGCACCAAAAUAAAACGUCCCUUCUCCUGCGAUCGCUACUGUCCCAGGAUUAAUUCAAAUAAUAUUAAUGUUUAUCUGAUACAAGAUGACAGCAUCAUUACAGCGAAAUGCUCUCGUGCAUUAGCACUCAAUAAGGCUAAUGGAAAUUUACACGGGACGAGGCUAGAUAGUCCUGUUAAAAUUUGGGAAGAUGUAAGCAAUGAUACGGCUAUUUUCGCCAGCUGUUUUGCUGUCAACUCUGACGGAAAUAUUAUCAGGACGGAAGACUGCGUGAAUGGCACACUGGUGGAUUCAGCCUCGAUGCCAGGGCCCUGGAUUAAUUUGACGACCUUCUUGAACCUCUACGAUAAGAGCCUGGGGAAGCCUGUCGAUCCGACGAACGCGUACCUACCCUCUCAGCGCUCACUUACCAUCUACAAUACUUCCAGGCUCUAUAUCAACCUCGAGGGCUGCGUCAACACUCUUCGAGGCGAGUGUCGUGAUUUUUUGCAAACUCACGGACGCGAUGGAGAUAAUCAAACUGCACAGAGCCGAUAUCCUUGUUUUCAUAAAAGGAACGAUUCAUCGUUUGUGGUAGCACGUUUCGACUUGAAUAAAACACGAACAGAACUAUUGAUAGCAACGAUAGUGCCAUCAGUAUUAUUCAUAAUAAGUUUCCUGACACUCGUGAUAAUAACGCGGUCAGUGCAAGUCGGUGAUGACACUAAAAUGCGAUGCAGAUACUGCACUGAGCGACAAGUACGUGAGGGUGAAGACGAAGGGCUAGUACAAGCAAGCUCUGGAUCGACAACUCAAGCCAAUUCAACAGCAACAGAGAUACGUAGUAUGGCUCUUUAGCAAUUAAAACUUAAUAUAAACCCGUCGAUGUACGAAAAGCUCCCGUUGAUUGACACAGACGCCGAAGAUUCUUGUUAAAUACGUAAAUACGUAAACAAAUGUUUUGCCCAUUUUUAAAUAAAAACUCAUCCAUUAUAUUCAGAAAGUCUCAAGUUGAAACUUGAGUUGACUUAUCGACAGACUUUAAACUUGAAGAUAAUUAUCUAUAUAUAGCAUAAUGAAACUUUUAAGAAUCUUAACUUAAAGAAAUUUAAAACCAAUUAUCGAUUAACGAAGCUAUAGGCCCUUGUUUUACUUGACCUAUUGGCAUUUUGCUUUGUCGGCUUCUAUUACUCUCUCUAUAUAUAAAUUGUACGCGAUAUAACAACAAAAUUAAUAAUCGAUUACCAACGAAACUUAGUACGAGUGUACGCCGCUGACAUUUAAUAAUAAUAAAUGACAGGUUAACUAUUAAAACAAUUCUUUCUAUUUUAUAAUUAAAUGUCGGUGGUUGAAGGUUUGCUCUUUUCUUUUUAAAAAAUAAGGAAAAAUUAAUAUCAAAGGAAGUUAAUUUAACCUCUGAGAAUUUUUAUCUGGAUAAAGUAUUGUCGAGCAGUUCAUAAACAGAAAAGAAAAUUAACUUGAGUCAAGAGAAAAAUUCUUAAAUAAUUUUGACGUUUUAUUGUCUUGCACAGUAAAA